ACUCAACGAACCAGCAGUGAGCUCCAAGACGCCGCUACAUCGACAAUCCGCGACUAUAGUGCGCGCUAAGUGUUAGCAACCGUGUACUUACGGUUAAAGAUCACCGUCGUUAUCGGUUAUACUCUACAUUACCAGAUAAAAUUAUUGUUAAGUGUUUUUUUUUUGCUUUGUUAUUUGUGAAUUGAAAUUGUUCGACAUUUGGUGAAGUCUAUAUGGUUAUUUUUUUUUAUUAGUUUGAUCAGAUUAUUCUAACAUGAUGGCUAAACGGAUGGCUCAAACAAUAUUAUUACUGACUACUUUAAUAAGUUUCUACAACAUAGUAGAAGCUGAAGAUAAGUCACUUGUUAGAAUACGAAGAGAACCUCCUUCGAAGUAUGGACCACCAAAGCCAUCAAGACCCAGGCCUAUUUAUGGACCACCAAAAUCCAAUGCUUGGCCAAAACCAGUUUAUGGUCCACCACCAAAACCUAAAUAUGGACCUCCACCAAAGUCAAAAUACGGUCCUCCAAAACCCAAGUAUGGACCUCCAAAACCAAAUUAUGGACCCCCAAAACCAAAUUAUGGACCUCCAAAACCCGUAUACGGACCACCACCAAAGACAAAUUAUGGACGACCUAAACCAGUAUAUGGCCCACCAUCAAAACCAACGCAAUCUUACGGACCACCAUCUGGAGGAGGAUUUAAACCUUCCACUUCAUAUGGGGCACCACCAUCAUCGUCAUAUGGAGCACCACCAUCGUCUUCAUAUGGAGCUCCACCAUCAUCAUCAUAUGGAGCUCCGCCGUCGUCUUCAUAUGGAGCACCACCGUCAUCUUCUUAUGGAGCACCUUCACAAAGUCAAUCCUCUUCAUAUGGAACAUCUUCUUUGAAAACAUUUCCUUCUCUAACAUAUGAUGCUCCAUCGCUACCGUCUUCUUAUAAUGCACCGUCACAGCCAUCGUCAUCAUACGGCGCACCGUCACGACCGUCAUCAUCAUACGGUGCUCCACUACAACCAUCUUCUUCGUAUGGCGCACCAUUACAACCAUCGUCUUCAUACGGUGCACCAUCUCCUCCUUCAUCAUCAUACGGUGCACCUCCACAACCGUCCUCGUCAUAUGGCAUACCGUCACGACCGUCAUCAUCAUACGGUGCACCAUCACAACCAUCAUCAUCAUACGGUGCGCCAUCUCCUCCCUCAUCAUCAUACGGUGCACCAUCACAACCAUCAUCAUCAUACGGUGCGCCAUCUCCUCCCUCAUCAUCAUACGGUGCACCAUUACAACCAUCGUCUUCAUACGGUGCACCAUCUCCUCCUUCAUCAUCAUACGGUGCACCUCCACAACCGUCCUCUUCAUAUGGCGCACCGUCACAGCCGUCGUCAUCAUACGGUGCACCAUCACAACCAUCCUCAUCUUACGGUGCCCCAUCACAACCGUCGUCAUCAUACGGUGCACCAUCACAACCAUCCUCAUCUUACGGUGCCCCAUCACAACCGUCGUCAUCAUACGGUGCACCAUCACAACCAUCUUCAUCUUACGGUGCCCCAUCACAACCAUCGUCAUCAUACGGUGCCCCGUCACAACCAACGUCAUCAUACGGCGCCCCAUCACUACCAUCAUCGUCCUACGGCGCACCAUCACAACCAUCAUCAUCUUACGGCGCACCAUCAUCACCGUCGUCUUCUUAUGGAGCACCAUCACCACCAGCCACAUCGUAUGGAAUACCAACAAAUAAUUAUAACGCACCCUCUUCUACUCGUUCAAUUUCAAUAACUCCUUCUGUAUCACUUCCUGUACCAUCAACUGCAUAUGGAGCACCUUCUAAUGGACCUUCGUCUUCAUAUGGAGCUCCUUCUAAUGGACCUUCAUCUUCAUAUGGUGCACCAUCAAAUAUACCAUCAUCAUCAUAUGGAACCCCGACAUCUGGAUCAUUUAGUUCGUUUGGUUCUUCUUCUCAUAGCAAUAAUUUAGAUUCAUUUAAUAUAGGAAAUUUAUUUAGUUCUCGCACUCAAUUUAGUGCACCAAUUCCUUCAAUUACUUAUGGUUCACCUAAAGGUAAUGGAGACACUCAAGGCUCUUAUAGCAGCGUAUCAAACUCAGUUUCAUUUCCAGAAAAUUCUCAAUUAACAACGAUUAAUUCAUACGGAGAACCAACUAAUAAAAGAGAUUCAAGUCAGCCAUCAGAAGACUCAUUUCAUGUAGUCAGCUCACAAUACAACACUCAAAGUCCAGAUACACAAACAACGCCACCAUCAAAUAUAUUACAAAGGCGUCAUAAAGAAUCUUUAGAAAGUGAUAGCGUGUCGUCUUCAAAUUUAGACGAAAAAUUGAAGACAAAAAAAGUAGUUGUAAAUGACAAACUUAAUGCGUACUUAAAAUACAUAGCUAAAAAUACACAAAAAACAGAUAUAGGUUUUCAGGCACCUACAAAGACUUUUAGUUUUAACUACGAAGAAUCACCUUCUCAAGUUAACGAUAGCCUUGCGUCACUAAGUGAUAAUUCUCCAAUUAAUCAUAGAAAUAAUGAAUAUAAUUCUGAACAAAAUUCAAGUGCUCAUACUUAUUCAGACAAUCAAUGGAAAAUCACUGAAAGUCUAAAAUGAUGAAAUUACAAAACUUUAUUAUGUACUUUUAUGUUAACAAGUUUAACUAUUGUAAAAUAUGCAAUGUAAUUUUACAAAACUCAAGUUCUACUACUUGAAAAAAUAUUGUGGUAUGAAUAUUAUAAAAUAACCUAUUAUUUGCCAAUAUUUAAUGGUGAGUCAGUUAAGUUAUAAAGUAAUGAAUUAAAUAUUAAGAUUUAGAUGUAUAAAUAUAUACUAUAUUAAUAUAUGUAUAUUACCUAUGAACGUUUUAUAAUUAUUAUUUUUUUCUAAACAUGAAAUUAAUUUACAAAUUCAUACAUUAUAAUGUAAUCACCAUAGAUAUUAAAGAGCACCAAUGUAAUAUAAAAGAGAGAUAGUGAUAAAAACACACUUUUUAUAUUUAAAUUUAAAAAUGUGUGGUUUUUUUACUCUUUAUUAAGUAUAUAAGUGUAUGAUUUAAUUUAAAUUAUAUUAUAAUAAAUAAAAUAUAAAAACA